GUCUCAUUGUCUCAUAAGAGUUUCACCUAGCGGGCGAAACUAAGCCUGAGUCGACAUUCCACUUCUUCAGGAUGGCAUAAUUGUUUCAUGUUUGAAAUUUUUCAAACAAUUACCACGUUAGAUCAAGAUGUCCAAUGGCCAGGCACAACAACCCGAAUCACAACAACGUUUGCAGCGACCAGUACAACCACCGGAACGGCGACGGUCGGUCACCAGGCAGGGGAGUUUGGAGUGCGCUGAGGAUUUUGAAUGCGACAAGUGCGCGCGGAUGUUUCCUACCAAGAGGUUCAUGGCCCAGCAUUUGGCGACGGACAAACGCAAAUGCCAAAUGUGCUGCAAACGGUUCCGGCACGUUAGCAACCUGGUGAACCACGUCCGAGUGCAUACGGGCGAAAAGCCGUACACGUGCGCGGUGUGCCGCAGGUCGUUCGCACAGGUGGGUAACCUGCGUACGCACGUCCGCGGCGUCCACUCUGGCCACACGCCGUUCGUGUGCGACAUCUGCGGCCGGCAGUUCACGCAGAUGGGUAACCUGGCCACUCACAAGCGCGUUCACGACGUCGACAAACCGUACGCGUGCGACGAAUGCAGGAUGUCGUACUGCCAACAAUACCAGUUGGUCAGGCAUCAAAAGAAACACAGAGUAUCCGUCUCUUGCGGUCCUUUGCCACCGGUACCGGUUCUUCCGGCAUCACCUCAGCGCCAAUAAAAGGAUCGCGGUCGAUUGGUCAUCGUCUUAAUCACUAUUAUUAUAAUAAUUAUAUCAACAGAUCACGGCGCACGUCUCACUCCCGAAGGUCCGGAGAAAAGUUUAAGAAUCGUUCAAAUAAUAUAUAAUUUAAGAAUAAUAUUAUGCAUAAAGCGUAUCCUAUUAUAGAUUCUAUGAUCAUUAUAUAUUAUUUUUAUGUUAUUCUGCGAACAGGUGUC